UUAAAAGGUGGAAGAAUUCGGGGGGUAGUGGAGUAAGAGUUUAAUUCCAGCUCUCGUAUGUGGCUGAGGCAAGUGAAUAUAUCACAAGUUUGAGCCUAAACCUAGUCAAUCUAGUGACUGAGACCCUCUUUCAAAAACAAAACAAAACAAAAUAAAAUAGCGGUUCAGUAAUAUUAAACUUAACCCUAGAUUCAAUCUCUAGUAUUGCACUAAAAAAACAAACAAAACCCCCAGACAAACAAACCCCAAGGAAUUUAGAUUUCUGGUCUUGUCCUGUUGGUGUGUUAAGAACCUUAUCAGCCAUAAGGUUAUAUUCUUUCUAAAAACACAGUAGCUUAGUUAUUAACUAAAAAGCUUAAGGUUUUUUUCUCUUUAAAAUCUUCAGUAAUUCUUACAGUGCUCUUCUUAUAAAUUAUUUGAAGGACAGUGUGCCAUUCUUUAAACUUCGUGUAUGUAUCUGUAAAAUGGUGUGUAAGCUCACUGGUAGCUUGAUAGUGGUAAUUUUAAUGUUAUAUACAAGUUUCUUAUAUAAAUUAGUUUUCAGAGUACUUUUUUAAGGCUGCCAAUGAGAAUGUUAAAUUUGCACUUUGAAAAAAAGUUGAAUGUCAUCAAGGUAUGUGUAGAAGGAUUGUUACAAUAAACUAAAAGUUAGCUGGUUAGUAUCAGUAUAUAGUUAGCAAAUUCAUUGUAGCAAAAGGGUUUUCACAAAACAGACAUCAGAUUUCUGAGUGGAGAGGUUCAAAUAAUGCAGUGAAGGAUUUGCCAGCUGUGAGAAAUGACUAUUAAAAUUUAAUUUAUAUUUCUAAUGAAAAAUAGGAUAUAUGAGAGGUAAAAGAUUUUGUUAGGAUUUGGAGUGAAAAAUUGAUGGCGUUUAUCUUUGAGAUCGAACUUUGGGUCCAUAGUCUAAACCCAAAUUUUAACUGUUAGAGUAGACUUUCAUUUAACUGAUUUAUCCUCCUAAAGUAUUAUUAGUAGUAUUAGUCCUACUUCAGUCUCCUAAAGCUGGAAUUUGUACUUUUAAAGAUCAAGAUAGACCUUUUUGUCUUUCACUAUCUAUACAUACAAGUUUUAAAAGAAGAUCUCAUUUAUAUGGACUGUGGGUUUCCUUACUGAUGGAGAAAUCUCAAAAUUUAAGGAUAGUUAGCAUUUACUUAGUGAUAGGUAUAGUGAUACAUUUUAAAAAUUGUAUAAACAGCCAGGACAAAAAUGAGUUCUGCUUUUUACAGUUUGAUAAUAGGUUAAAACUAUAUGUGGAUAUUGAAACAAGUCAAAAGUAGUUGCACUAUGGAGAAGAGUGAAAAAUAGUUCUCAAAUAUCUUACACCACCUAAUGUGUGAUAGUCACAGCAAGGCAGCAGAAUAAUGAUUAAAAUGGUACAUAGCAGGUUGACAGGAGGAUCACUAUCUUAGCAAGACCACAUACGGAAUUGAAAAAGUGUUAAAUUGCUUCUUGGUCUUUUGCCUAAGGUAAGCGUAGAAACAUGUGAUUAGGUUUGCCUGGGGCACAAUCCUGGGAUUGCAUUUAAAGCUUUUGCCUGGAAAAUUUUUGAGACAUAAGUCAUACUGGGUUGCCAACUGGCCUAUAAUCAUCCUGUCUCAGUGUCCCAAGUAUCUGCGAUUACAGGCAUGUGUCACCAUACCCAGCUGCAUGGUUGAAGAUCUUUCACCAAAAACUAAUUUUUUGUUCAGGGAUAUAUAUAGCUCAAUAAGAGAAUGUAUGCCUAGAACCACAGACCCUGUGUGAUGCCUAAUACCUGUGUGAGAAAAUGUUUAGGUUUGGCAAAGAAGCUUAAAGGGUUAAACACAGAAGGCUGAGGCAUAAAGAUGACUGCCGUUUGAAGGCCAGCCUGGACAAUGUUACAUAGCCGGCCCUAUUUCAAAAGAUCAAAAUCGUCCUAUAAAACCCAGACUUGCAAAUAAAGGGAUAAACGGAACAGAAAGAAGGUGAAUUGCUAAACACUUGUGUAGAUAAUUCUUAAAUUCAGACUUCAUCUGCAUUUUCUCCAGGAUACUUACUGCCCCUUCAUUCCAAAUUGAAUUCAUCUCUAUUCCUCCUUACUGUAAAGUAAUGUUUCCUUUUAUCCUGUCAAUGAUAGCAAACCUUUUAGAGACGAGUGCCUAAAUUGCAACCCCAAACCCGGUUAUUUAUUGCACUGCAAGCAUACAUGAAUAAUGAAGUUUUAGUUUAGAAAAAAACUAUAUUAAUAUCUUCUGUCUCAAAAAAAAAAAACAAAACAGUACAUGUACCAUAGGUUUGCCACCACUGCCAUGCUAAUGGACAUACUGUAGAGUUUAUCUUCUGCCUCUUCUCAGAGGUGCUGAUGACUCAACUGCUGUUACCGUAACUUGGAUCCUCCACUCAUACGUAAUGUUACAUAUUGCCACCAUCCCUCUUUGAGAGGAGCUUGUGAUGAUGCACAGGCUGGGCCCAGACUUGAUACAGUGUUCUCCCCCAGCACCCAAAGUGCUGGGAUUCCAGGCAUGAGCUACCACUCUUGGCUCACUUGCCUGUCUUAAUCCUUUGCACAAAAUUACAUUGUUUCUGGCCUGGGAUCAUUUAAUGUAACAUUCAGGCUAGCAACUCAUUCACCUUAACCUCAUUUUAACAUUUGGUAGUUAUAGGACAGAAGCAGAUAAAAUUCAUAAUAAGCACACUGUCAGUUAAUAGUUGACACAACCUAAGAAGAGGCAGUUUGCAAGUUGAAAAUUUUCUCUAAAAGGCAGUCUGUAGAAAUAGCAUCUGGAAUGCUUUGCCACCUGAUGAUCAACUUUUUUUUUUUUUUUUUUUUUGUCUUUUUUGUUUUUAUCGGUACCAGGGAUUGAACUCAGGACUGCCUGCUUGCAAGGCAGGCACUUAUGCCGCUGAGCUAAAUCCCCAGCCCCUGAUGUUCAACUUUUUUCUAGUCUGGAUUACUUAGUUGCUAUCAACCAAAAUUUCCAGUAAUUAAGAGAAACCGAGCUGGGUGUGGUGGAGCACGCCUUUUAUCCCAGCACUUGGGAGGCUAAAGAAGAUGAGUUCAAGGCCAGCCUGAACUAUAUAGAAAGACCCUGUCUAGAACCAAAAACCAAACCAAAGUUCAUUCUGAUCAUGACAGAGAAAUUGUAACAAUAAAAUUGUUUGUGCCAUGUUUGACAACAACUUGCAUUAGUUGUAAGCAAAGUAUAAAAUUUUUGUGAAGGAAAAUUUUUAAAUUUGUUACUUGGAACAUAGUAAUAUUGAAAAUUAUUUGGGUAGUAACUACUACAAGUGAAAAAUAUCAAAUGGAAACCACAAGACUAAUGUAUAAUGAUGGUCUGGGUAAUCUGGAGACAAAACUGACAUUUUAAAACUUGGCUAUUUUGGGGCUGGAGAUUUAGCUCAGCGGCAUAAGUGCCUGCCUUGCAAGCAGGCAGUCCGUGAGUUCGAUCCCUGGUACCGAUAAAAAGACCAAAAAGAAAAAAAAAGUUUGAAUAAUUAUAUACAAAGGCCCUUUUGGAUGCAGAUACUACGCAUAACCUAGACUUUUGUGGCAGAAUAGCUAAAAAAAGGAAGUACUUUUGCCUCAUGGUGUCAGAAGUUGCAGUCUGUUUUCCUGGCUUCCUGGCUCUGGUUUUUGGUGAAGCAGGAAGGUAGUGAGUGUGCUGGACAGAUGAAAGCUGCUUAUCUCUUGGUGAGGGAUUAGAAGGAGUUUGAGAGCCAGAGUUUAGGGAAUGCCCUGAGGACCAGAUCCUGUUCUUAAAGAUGCAUUCCCUUUAACUAGGCUCUGCUUCCUAUGGCUCAUUGAGCUGUGAGCUCAGUAGUGGGCUAAUUUGGCCGAUAGGAUCAGCACCCUAGUGAUCCAAUCCCUCUAGGCCCUGUCUCUGAAUAUGACUGCACUUGAGAUACAUGAGUUUGGAGGACCCUUCAUAUUUAAAUCAUAUGUAUUAUUUAGGAGUUCGUGCUAAAAAGUCCUUUUGUAAUUUAGGUUUUGUGAUUUUUAAUACAUGUUUACAAGUAUAUAUAUGUGUGUGUAUGUAUGUAUAAUGACUUGUUUCCAUUUAGUCUGUUUUACGGGCCAGUGCAAAGAAGCAUUUUUUCAGGAUAAUUUAAUUUGCAAUGUUUUAAUAUCAAAGACUAAGAUUGCAGAGGCUACAGCAUGGUAAUUUCACUCUCUUACCACACAAAAUCUAAGACUUGGGUCACAAGGCUAAUGGGAAGAUUGAGUAUACUAAUAGCUUUUUUUUUGGUGCCAGAGAUGGAACUCACACCCUUACGAUUGCCAGGCAGGUACUUACACUGCUGAGCUAAAACCCCAGCCCUGCUUCUAGCUUUUUUUUCUAAACCAGUCCUUAGCCUGGCUCCAUUAAUUAACCAAAAAGCUGCUUAGCUUUAGGUGUAAUCAGAUGAAAAAAUCUUUUCUGGUGUGGUCCUUGGCAUAGUAAUUAUCUAUAAAGAAAUACAUUAUUAGUGGUUCUUGGGAAAUCUUUGUGACUAGAUAGCAAAAUCAAAACUUCAUGUGGAGCCCCUGCAAUUAAGCUAGGCAGUAAGCUGUUUCCAUUAGUCCUCAAAUAUCAGCAGUUGGAUACAAAUCAUCCUGCCUGUUGGUUUCUGUGAGUAGAAGGAAGUAGGGCAGUGUCUGACAAGCACUAGAACACCAGAAUCCUGAUUUGGGCAACAUCCUUUCCAUGGAGAAAGGCUAAAUUUAGGGUUUAUCUUUCUUGGGACUAUGGUUACCCACUGACUGGACUGGAGAAGCCUGAGCCACUUAUCCCAGGAAGCUGAGGAGAAAACAAAAUCGUUUCAGCAGGAUAAACACGAAUUGAGAAGGCUUGGAUCUUGAGUUGGGAGAGGUGGACACAAUCAGGAAAAUUUGAGAAAGCAAGCCACAGUAUUUCUGAACACUUGUGAGCCAUGUGUCUUUUCUAAAACUUUAGGACAAUUCAGUGUAAAGAUGAGCAGUGGAAAAUGCUAAAUCUCAUAAGACUAUCAAAAUUAAUAUGAAUGCUUUGAUAAAAGAUGUAGGAAGGAUCUGAAGAAUUGAAAAGGCAUUCAUGGACGUGUUUGACCUGAACCCACAUUAUUGCUAAAUCAGAGUUGGAAUCUUGGGCCAUGUUAAUGCGCAACCUGUACAGUGGUUCCUUUUUUCAUGUUCUUGGUCAGUUUCAUUUUGCCCUUAUAUCGCUGUUCAGUAGCAGCUUGGAAAGGGAGGUUAUAAAAGUCAUGAUUUUUUCACUUAUGAGGGAAAAAGAGGGCAAGCCAUUUGAAAAAAUUGCAAUCAUUUUAAGGUUUCCGAACCACUUGCCCUCUACUUUGACGUUUCCAUCACCUCUCGUUCCUUUCAUCUCAUUGUAGUUCACACUACUGGCUUAUAUCACUUAAAAUCACUGCCACUGGGGCUAGGGAUUUAGCUCAGCCGCAUAAGCGCCUGCCUUGCAAAGCAGGCAGUCGUGAGUUCGCUCCCUGGUACCGAUAAAAAGGAAACAGACAAAAAAAAAAAAAAAAAAAAAAAAAAAAAAAAAAAAAAUCACUGCCAUCAUUGCGCUGUUACUCUCAAUUCUUGAUCAUGCUUUCUCUCAUCCCAUACCCAAUUAUUUUCUGCAAGUGGACUGAAUACUUUAUGGUAUCGUAUAAAUGGUACUCAGAGAAAGCCUCGCAGACUUAUCCCACCACGUCACCUCCAGGAGGAAAACAGCCUGCAUUUUCCUGAUCUUAGAAUGGUAUCCCAAACAUAUUAGACAUCCAAUAUUAGUUGAAUUAAUAACCUUCCUUUAAAAAUUAUGUAAGGCGGUAAGCAGGCAAAAUUUUGUUUUUGUCACGGAAUUCAAGCUGGAAAUCAUUAUCUAGGCUAGACUCGAAUUUUUGAAUCUUGGUAUGCGCACCACACCCUGCUACGAAUGAAUUUUAAAAAACAGCAAAGCUGUAAAACCCUAGUCACCUAAGCAUUUAAUAGAAGUUCACUGACCAAUAAGUAAAUCGCACUCUUCGGGGUAGAUGAACUUUAGAUGACCUAUCUGGUGUAGGGCUGCAUAAGGCAGGACUCCUCACCUCCUACUAGUCCAGCUGUUGGUAGCGCUCGCGUAAUGCUAGGUGUACACCAAUGUUUAACUGGGAAACCCUCAAGCGCGUUGUGCGCGUGCGUCUGCGUCCCAGACCUACCUACCCCGCCCACCAGCUUCCUAUUGGCUUCUAUUGGUUGUUUCGCGGGCAGAAAGGGCCGGAGUAGGAGAAGGGAGAGGGAGAAGAAACCAGCUUGCCGUCACCAACAGCCAAUCAGAAGGAGCAGUCUUCAGUUUUGCCCAAUGGGAUCAGGUUUGGGUCACGGCCCGCGGAGUUUAACUUUCCGUCCAGGAACGCGGAAGUAGCCCGCCUGAGGCCGCACAAUUGUCAGACUUGGCUCGGGGGCCUUGGGUCACCACCUCCCGUGAAGUCGCCGAGGCUGAGUGCGGUCUUCAAGUGGAGCCUCGGGCGGCCCAGGCCUUUCUCUCGGGACCUCUUACUGCCUGUGACUUACAGGCCGAGGUGCACGGGUGGCGCGGGGUUGAAGUCGGUGCGUGUCCUCAUUAGCACUCGCGCGCUCUGGUCCUCUUCUCUCGACGCUGAGGAUUCGGAGACCUGCAUCUGUCUGUAACGCUCUCGGCUUCGUGAUCCCAUGUUUGCCUGAGGUUUGGCUCUGGAGGACGGUGAGCAAUGCUGCGGUGCGAGUGACACGACUGUGCUCUGGUCGCAUUCCGCUACCAGGUACGAAGAACCUGAUGAUGUUUCCCUAAGUUUGCUUUACCAAUGUCUCUCCUGUUGAAUAUCUUACGAGAAAUGCUGGUGUAUUUUGGCGUUCCCAUAGACCAGAUUUUGCUGACUUGGAAACAUAAAGACUAUGGAUCAUACCGGAGUAUUGUCCGUAUUAUUGGGAAAAUGCUUCCUAUAGAACCAUGUCAGAGACCUAAUUUUGAGUUGAUCCCGCCCUUGAUCUCCGCGGAGUCUGAUAAUUGUGGCUCUAUAGUUCCAUCUUUUGCUGACAUUUUGUCUGUGGCCAAUGAUGAAGAAGCCAGUUGUCUUAGAUUUCGAAGUCAUAUAUGGAAAAGUGAAGAGGAGAAAAUUAAAACUUGCCAUCCUUUACAAGUAGCUUGGGAUCCACUGUCAUCUGCUCGAAGACAGAACAAACCAGUAAAAAAUGAUCUGCCUGUAGAUGAAGCUGCAGUUAAAAAAAUAGCUGCCCUUGAAAAUGAGCUAAGUCUUCUUCGCUCUCAGAUUGCUGCAGUUUUGGAAAUGCAGGAACGGAAAAAUGGUGCAAAAUCUGGCUCGUUGGACUUGAAUGAUGUGCCCAAUGGUGUGGGACGAAUUUCACCAUCAGGGGCUGCUCAGCCUUUGUGUGUAGAAACAAACCCAAGCUCAGUGCCUUGUGCUCCUCCUCCACCACCACUUCCUCCUCAGUUCCCUCCUUUCCAGCCUUCAUGUUGUCCUCCUUUACAACCACAAUCUACAGUUUGUGACUCAGAUAAUCCAGCUACUGAACUGAAAAAUCAGCAUCCAGGUGCUAGUAAGAUGAAUUCUAGUCGUCAUUCAAAAGGCCGGAAAAAUAAAGAUGUUCCGAACAUGUUAGAUGUUCUGAAGGAUCUGAAUAAAGUCAAACUGCGUGCUGUUGAGCGAUCACCUGGUGGUAGGCCCAUUCAUAAGAGGAAAAGACAGAGUUCACAUUGGGAUCCAGUGUCUAUAAUAUCACAGGCACUUAAGGAGAAAUUUGCAUUUCAAGAAGAUGAUUCCUUUGACAAAGAAAAUAUAUCUUGGGAGUCUUCUCCAUUUUCUAGUCCAGAAACUUCCAGGUUUGGACAUCACAUCUCCCAGGCAGAGGGACAGUGACUUAAGUGAAGAACUGAUAAGCACAAAAAUGAUUGGCCAAUGUCACAAAAGCCAUGUCUACAUUUGGAAGGAAAGGUGCAGAAAUGUGCUGGUCUGUGUUUUGCUGCCUGUCAAAGGAUCAUAUCUUCUCUUAACAUAGAAUGUUGCUGUUGACUGGGAGAUACCUGGGGCCAGUGUGAGGGAGACACUUACGAGUACCAGUUUCUGGUUUUGGAAGAUCCAACAGUUAACUGACUAUUGAAAAGAGUUGGGUCUGUGGAUUUUCCCCCUCAGGUAUAUUAGUGUCUCUGAAAGCUGAAUGUAUACUUCAGUGAUUUUCUUGAGCAAUUAUGACUUCCUAAUUUAAGAAUCUUUUAAAUGGUUUAUUUGUCCUCCAGUAACUUAGAGAUUUUCAAAUAGGGUAAGACUAUAAGUUUUCAUUAAGAUAGUCAUUGUUUUAAUCAUAUAUGGUGAGCAUUCUAAAGCUUAUUCCUAACUAAUAGUCUUAGAAUUUGACUCCUAACAGCUACAAAAGUAUUGUCUGCAUUUGCUGUAUAUAAAUAAACACAGCUGACAUUUCUGUUUCCUUUGGUCUUUGAUACAUUUUUACUCUGUUCCUUUGUAAACAAAUUUACAAUAAAUGUGCCUUUUCAACUUGUGUUUUUUAAA